AUGAAAAACAUUGACAUUAAUACACAGAAAAUUUUAGAUAAAUUUCCAGAACUCUCUGACGGAAUAGGGUGUUUGCAAAAUUAUGAACAGUCAUUGCAUGCUGAUCGUACAGUUACCCCUAUUGCACAACGCCCUCGGAGAGUCCCUUUCCAUUUACGAAAGCAAGUUUCAGAUAAACUAGAAGAAUUACAAAGUCUCGAUAUUAUUGAAUCUGCCGAAGGACCUACUUCAUGGGUAUCACCCAUAGUAGCUGCUCCCAAACCACACAAUUCAGAUGAAAUUAGAUUAUGCGGAGAUUACCGUAGACCAAAUCAGGCAUUGUUAAGGGAGAGACAUCCAAUCCCAACAGUUGAUGAGUUAAUGGAAGAAAUGUCUGGUGCUGUCGUGUUUUCUAAGCUAGACCUCAAAGCAGGAUACCAUCAGAUAGUCCUAGAAGAGAACUCGCGUAACAUUACCACUUUUUGCACACACAAGGGGUUGUUUCGGUAUAAACGCCUGCCAUUUGGUCUGUCAUGUGCUUCAGAAGUAUUCCAAAAUGCAAUACAGCAAGCGCUCCAAGGUCUACACGGGGUACGAAAUAUCGCAGACGAUAUUAUUGUAUGGGGUAAAACCCAAACCCAGCAUGACAAGAAUUUAGAAGCACUGUUACAGCGAUUAGUUGUCAAGAAACUUACAUUAAACCUGGAGAAAUGCAAGUUUAAUCAACCGUCACUUUGGUUCUAUGGCUACAUUCUGUCAAAGGACGGACUGUCAGCAGAUCCAAAGAAAGUCGAGGCAAUUAAAAAUUUCAAAACACCAGCAGAUGUCAGCCAACUACGCAGUUUCUUAGGUCUGGCCAAUUACUGUUCACGAUUUAUUAAGGACUUCUCCACUCUAACAGCCCCUCUACGUGAAUUAACAACAAAAUCGUGUAAAUGUUCUUGGUCAACUAUGCAUGAGAAAGCUUUCGCCAAAGUUAAAAAUGCUAUUGCUUCGGACUGUACGAUGGCAUUUUAUGAUCCAAAUCGACCUACAAAAUUGACAGUGGGUGCAAGUCCUGUCGGACUUGGUGCAGUAUUAGCCCAAACACAAGAAAAUGGGCAAGAUCGCUGCAUAGCGUAUGCUAGCCGUUCCCUAACGCCUGUGGAAGCUCGCUACUCGCAGACCGAAAAAGAAGCAUUGGCUGCAGUGUGGGGUUGUGAACGUUUUCAUCUUUACCUUGUUGGAACACAAUUUGACCUCAUCACUGACCACAAACCAUUGGAAGUCAUUUACAGCCCAAAGUCCAAACCACCACUCCGGAUAGAACGUUGGUUACUACGAUUGCAACAAUACAAGUUUAACCAGGUAGCAGCAACCCAGCUGACGUGUUGUCUCGACAACCUUUAUUCACCAACUACAAGUCAAGUACCAUAGCGGAGAAAUAUGUCAAUUUCAUCCAAAGUCACUCGUUCCUAAAUUUCCUAAAUUUCUCACGCUCGAUGAGAUUCGUAUCGCAACGUUAAAUGAUCCUGAACUGCAGAGAGUAACUAGCGCAGUAAAGGAAGAUCGAUGGAACAAAACAGAUAGUUGUUUAAGCCCAUAUCGUAAUCAGCACGAACAGUUGACAGUUUCGGAAUGUGGAGUUAUACUGCGAUAUUCACAGAUCGUUAUCCCAAAGAGUCUCCGUAGUCGUGUCCUUUCUAUCGCUCAUGAAGGACAUCAAGGGAUAGUUAAAACUAAAAUGCUUGUACGCAGUAAAGUAUGGUGGCCUGGUAUUGACAAGCAAGUGGAGCAAAUGGUUAAAGAAUGUGUACCCUGCCAAGCAGCAGUACACCAGUCACCAAAAUGUCAACCACCCCUGAAUAUGACAAAGUUACCUCCACAUCCUUGGCACACACUUAAUGCAGAUUUCUGUGGUCCAAUCCUAAAUGGCGAGAAAUUGUUGGUCGUGAUUGACGCCUAUUCCAGAUAUCCAGAAGUUGAAGUGAUGCAAAGCACGACAACCACGGUUGUGAUCUCCAAACUCCAAAGAAUCUUUGCCCGACAUGGAUAUCCCGAAGAAUUGAUAAUCGAUAACGGACCCCCGUUCAAUGCGGUUGAGUUCACCGAAUACCUAGCUGCACAUGGAGUCCAUCACCGCCGAAUCACACCUUAUUGGCCUCAAGCCAACGGUGAGGCAGAGCGAUUCAUGAAAACAGUAACAAAAGCAAUCCGUACUGCUCAUUCGGAAGGAAAAAGAUGGCAAAGUGAAUUAGAUCUUUUUCUUCUCAACUACAGAUCCACACCUCAUUCUACGACACACCUUAGUCCAGCUGAACUUUUGUUCAAUCGCACAAUGAGAAAUAAGCUUCCUAGUUUCUUAUCCCUACAACACAAUGAUGGCCCUGUGGAACACCACGUUGUUCGAGAUAAGGAGGAAAAGGAGAAAAUGAAAGUCCAUGCUGAUAGAAGAAACAACGCGAAAGAAAGUCAGUUGAAAAUUGGUCAUUAUGUGCUAAUGCAAGUCCCGAAGGGCAAUAAGUUAUCAAUGCCUUUCAAUCCAAAACCAUUUAAAGUGAUUGAAAUCAAAGGCAACAUGGUAACAGCUCGUAAUACAGAGCGCACCGUAACCCGGAAUGUAUCGUGUUUCUAAUGUCUCACAAAUUACAAGAACGCAAGUGAGGAAGACCAGAAUGAUGAAGAAGACGAUUUUGACGACGACAUAGUAGAAAACCAGCAACCAACAAUAGUUGAAGAGCAACAACAAGAUCUACCAGAUCUACAACGAAGGUAUUGUCUUAGACAAAAUCGAAGACCACCGGAUUUUUAUAGAAGUUAG